CGCAUGCGCCCGGAGGGAGGUGGUGGCACCAGCCCGGGCGAAGGGCAAGACGGUGGCCGAGAGGGUUCUGGGAGGCGGACGGUGGCCGAGAAGGUCCGGCAUGGAGCACCUGGAGCGCUGCGCGUGGUUUCUCCGCGGGACGCUGGUGAGGGCGGCGGUGCGGCGCUACCUGCCCUGGGCGCUGGUGGCCGCCAUGCUGGCGGGCUCGGUCCUCAAGGAGCUAUCCCCGCUGCCCGAGUGCUACCUGAGCAACAAGCGCAACGUCCUCAACGUGUAUUUUGUUAAAGUGGCCUGGGCCUGGACAGUCUGUCUUCUCCUGCCUUUCAUUGCCCUCACCAACUACCACCUGACGGGCAAGGCCGGCCUGGUCCUGCGGCGGUUGAGCACCCUGCUUGUGGGCACAGCCAUCUGGUACGUCUGCACCGCCCUCUUCUCCAACAUCGAGCACUACACAGGCAACUGCUACCAGUCCCCAGCCCUGGAGGGCAUCAGACAGGAGCAUCGGAGCAAGCAGCAAUGCCACCGGGAAGGGGGCUUCUGGCACGGCUUUGACAUCUCCGGCCACUCCUUCCUACUGACCUUCUGUGCACUCAUGAUCGUGGAGGAGAUGGCCGUGUUGCAUGAGGUGAAGACGGAUCGCAGCCACCACCUCCACACUGCCAUCACCACCCUGGUUGUCGCCCUGGGCUUCCUGACCUUCAUCUGGGUAUGGAUGUUUCUGUGCACAGCCGUAUAUUUCCACGACUUGAUCCAGAAGGUGUUUGGUACCUUUUUUGGUUUGCUGGGCUGGUACGGGACAUAUGGGUACUGGUAUCUGAAGUCUUUCUCUCCAGGACUUCCUCCCCAGAGCUCUAGUUUGACUCUGAAGCAAGAUACUUACAAGAAAUAAAAGAGAGACACUUGGGGACAGGAGGACAAUGGCUGAUAGACUUCCCACCUACCUUGUCCAGUGACUGGCUGAACUCUCGGUCCCACUUCCGAGAGGAUGCUUAUUAGGCCUUUUGGUGGUGGGAUGGAGUCUGGGAACCACGUUCAGUCCUCAGACUCUACUGGUGACGCCACCCAUGUUGCCAGCACCCCAUUCCUGUCAGAUACUUCUCUCUGGCAAGACGCGACCUUAAUCUGUUCCCAGAGGGAGAGCUGAGGCUCAGCAGAGGGACAGCAGACAGCCUCAUCGUGUGGGUCACAGGGAAACCAGAGCUCCAGGACUCCCGCUGCUGCGGUCCUCCUGGCUGUGGUUCUCUUGAGAGCUCAGUGGCCGUGUUAGCGCUGUCCUUUUAACAGUGUUUCCCCAUGCCUGAGAUAAGCAUUUCUCUCUGGCAGGUUCUUUGUUAAACACCCCGAUGCCUACAGCACACUCUCUGGCUGUAGUAUCCACCUCCUCUUUGGAAUAUUGACAGUUGCACCUGGCUAUGACCAGUUCUCAACAGGGGGCCACAACCCUGCAGUGCCUGGAUGACUUUUAUGUGGUGGACAAUGAUGAGAUUUUUCUGUCCCCACUGUCUGUCGUUGCGUGUUGGUGUUUGGAGCAGUCCCGGAGAACCCCAUUUCCCCUCCUUUCCUUGAGUGAGUGCUGUGUGGCUUCUAAUUGUCACUAUGACGUUUGUUCUUUGGUGACAAUGCUCCGGUACUGCACUCCGGUACAUGCGGAAAUUGUUUGGGGUUUUUUUGUUUUUGUUUUUUAGAACACUAACUUACCUUUUAUAAACCAAACUUUUGGCUUAUUGCAUUAAAUUUCACCUCAUAGGAUUGUUCCCUCUGUUAAGAAUAAAGCUGGAGCCAGGGGUCAUGGUGCUGCAUGCCUUUAAUCCCAGCACUAGGGAGGCAGAGGCAGGCAGAUCUCUGUGAGUCUAAGGCCAGCCUGGUCUACAGAGCGAGCUCCAGACCAGCCAGGGCUGCAGGGUGAGAGCCUGUCUCAAACAAAACAAACAAAGAAACAAAAACAAGAAUAAAACUGAAAAGGAGACAUUUUAUCAUUUAAUGAUUUUUGAGCUGAGAGAGUCAUUCUGUAAAGUGUUUGUUGGUACUGAGGCCUUCCUGCCCACCUGCCGGUGGUAGAGACAGAAUAGAGUUCAGGGUCAUAGGUUCAUAGGACAAGUACCACCGACAAGGAAUUUUUACCCUUGGAGAGGAUUAUGAUAAUUUAGAAGUGAAAUAAAAUGUCUCCCUCUGAAGCCAUGCCACCUUAACUGUAUUACAUAGUGGCAUGACUUGGUCCUGCCUCCUUUUCCUUGUCCCACCAACAGAGCAGCCCUAAAAGGGGACAUUCAAUAGCCAGGGCAUUCUCUUUGCAGCCCUUCCGGUUUCCAGUCAUUAUGUGGCCUUCACUGAGAUGCUAGGGUUAGGAGUCUUGUCACUGUGUCCCCCAUGGCAAGCUCCAGUCUCUGAGAAGAAGGCCCCUCUCCUCUCCCAGGUGAUCUCUCAAGCCUGUCACACUUCUGGAUGAUCACCCCUGUAGCUGCCUUGACGCCUCUCCUCCAGCAGAGCUGGGUAAUGACGCUACCUGAUAAGCUUUGGCCUGCCUGUCCUGACUGCAGCUCAGGUAGUUAGGUACUUAGUAAGUUAAGAGUAAUUUCUUUUAAUUUAUUUUCUUAAUUUAAUUUUUUUUUUUUUUUUUUUUUUUUUUUUUUUUUUUUUUUUUUUUUUUUUUGUAGUCAGGGUCUCACUAUACAGCCCUGGCUUUCCUGGAACUUACCAUGUGGACCAGGCUGUUCUUUGACUCACAGAUAUCUGCCUGCUUCUGUCUCCUUAGUGCUGAGAUUAAAGAUGUGCUAAUAUUAAAACCACCACAUCUAGCUACUAAGUAAUUUUUUUAUAUAAGGAUCUAUUUAAAAUACGUAUUUCAUAAUCUGUUGAGUUACAGGUCAACUUGACCAAUGACAAUGUAAGAUGUUGUUACCAAAGGGGAAGAAAAGCAGGCAGUGAGGUGUCACCACGGUGCUUUGGUGAGUUGACAGUGAACGGAAAGGAUGUUUCACUUUCUGGAACUUUCCACCCAUCUCCCCAGGUUAGGAAUGGGCCUGGGGAAGAUGGUAGAGCUGGUCACCAGCUAAGUCUCUCAGGCUUCAUGUUCACACAGAAAGGAGCAGCCACAGGGGUCAUCCAGAAGUUCAUUGUCACAUUAAGGCUCCAGACACUUUUCUCAUGGGGUCUGACCGGGUUUAACCUUAAACUGACUACAUGUGGGAACUCUCAGUUGCUCAGCGUUCUCUACAUAGUAAGUAUAUGGACUAGAUUACAUGUGCUUUUUUUUGGUACUCCCCCACUUUGCUCUCUGUGCCAGGGAUAGGAACCCAGGGCUUUGUGCAUGCUGGGCAAGGCCUCUAUCCCUGACUACAUCCCGAGUUCCUCAGAACCCUUGCCUUCUCAGGAGUAUGCCUGCCCUUCUGUGCCAGGAAACACGGAAUGAGUGAGUGUUUGGGCUUGGGCAACUGUGAGAUGUAGGUUGAGAUGUUGGCAUCGCUCCCAAUCCACCUGACCAGUGUGCAAGCAUUGCUGCCCCUGUCUAUAAAGUGGAGGUGAUUCUUUUAACACUAAAGGAAGUGACGUGUGAGGUGCUGAGCAUGUGUGUUGUGGUCUUUCUCUUGAUGGCUUUGAGAAUGGUCUGGCUCAUCUAGAGAAAGCAGAGAAACUAACAUCUUUUGGGGAACACUCAGAGCUUGGGUCUCCUAUUGAAAUAGUCUCAUCUUUCACCCAUUGUCCCUGGGUGUUAAACAUGAGCUCUGGGGACAUCUGACCGGAGUCGUGCCAUGCUGUUCUGCUUCCCGGUGUGGAGGUUUGCUGACUCGCUUCCAUGUGCAUCUGUCAUUGUCCAGGUACCAGAUUAUAUUUAUAGAAUGGCUCAUGCCACUGUUGUGUACACACAGAGCCAUGUGUAAACAAGCAAAUUAAAGUGUACUGGAGAUAAUGGAAUCCACA